UACCAAAACAUUGCCAGAUCUCACUUGCUCAUUCACCUCAUAUUCUCCUCAAAAGUAAGACUCGACUAUCCAUUUUCUUUAAUCAAAAGCAAAAAUUAAUUAGCAGGGACUCCUCGAUUCACAAAAGAAAUGGCGACUCUACAGAAAUUCAAGCUGUUAGCAACCCAGUGCGCAGUGGCUGGAAGCCCAACAAGGAGCCCAACCACCAGUCCAGUAAUCCACCUCCGCCGGAGAAAGACUCUCCGAAUGCUGCUCAGCCGCAACGGAGGUGGAGAAAGGAGAAGGCUGCCGCCUCGACCUGGGAAUGACUCGUCAGAUGGAAGGAGAAGCGACGAUAGGGAUGAAUCGCCAGAGAAGGGGAAGGAUACUGUGAUCAGCCACAAGCUCAAAGACCUGUUCGUAUCCUCGCCACCGUCAUUCGAAGAGCGGACAUCUGGAAAUGUGCGAGAAGGGAUUUUACCGGCGGCAGGUGUGGAUGGGAGAAGAGGUGGCGCGCUGACGCUACGGCCGUUAUCGGCGACGUUCCGGCAACGGUUGCUGAGGAAACCUUGGCGGCCUGUGCUUGGUGCUAUACCCGAGUCACAUUAUGAAAAUUAAAUUGCAGUAAUAGAAUAUUCUUUAAAAAAUAUUAUUACUGGAAUAUUAAUUCAUUUCUCAAAAAUUUUGGCUUCUUCUUAAUUUGUCUGGCUAGAAUUUCACAUGUAAGUUAAUUUCAUACGAUAAAUUAAAUAAUGUUAAAUAUAAUAAUAGAUAAAUUUUGUUAUGUACUUAUCUUCCUGUUGGGAAGAAUCCUUGACGUGGUACACUAA